AUGGGCAAAGGAGAAGCAGUGGUGGUUCGCGGUGGUUGGUUGGGGCUCACAAUAGCCACUACUGGGGACGUGUUGCCUGCUGGUGAUGGCUGGAGAUGGCUAUUGUGCACGGAUCUAGGGUUAAGGAUGAGUGGAAGAGCAGAAAUCAAUGGGAUCGAGAAAGGAAUGAGAGUGGUGUUGGAUGGUGGUUCGAAGGUGCGCGGUGGUUGGCGCGGUGGUGAAGGACCAGUGAGAACCCCUGCCACCUGUUCACUAGCAAGGUUCUGCGUAUACUUAUUAGUCGUGUCCCGAGCUAGGAUUUUGCAUUUCUUGGCUCACCAAGGUGCAAAAAGUAGCCCUCACGAAACCAAGGCAAUGUUCCCUUCAAUUAUGUCCAAUUCCAAUUCCUUGUCCGAAGAGGCCACUGUCUCCUGUGGUACAAGAAUCGGUGGACUCAAUCACGUAGUCACAACAACCAUUUCUCCACAACAGCCUCAAAAGAUCAAGAAAAAGAGAAACCUCCCUGGAAACCCUGACCCGGAUGCUGAAGUGAUUGCUUUAUCACCGAAGACUCUUCUAGCUACCAAUAGAUUUGUGUGUGAGAUCUGCAACAAGGGAUUUCAGAGAGACCAGAACCUUCAGCUUCAUAGGAGAGGCCAUAACCUCCCAUGGAAGCUGAAGCAAAGAAACAACAAAGAGGUGAAGAAGAAAGCCUACGUUUGCCCAGAACCUUCAUGCGUUCACCACAACCCCUCAAGGGCCCUGGGGGACCUCACAGGAAUUAAGAAACACUACUGCAGAAAACAUGGAGAGAAGAAGUGGAAAUGUGAAAAGUGCUCAAAGAUCUAUGCGGUUCAGUCAGAUUGGAAAGCUCACUCUAAAACCUGUGGUACUAGAGAAUAUAGAUGUGAUUGUGGAACCCUUUUUUCCAGGAAAGACAGCUUCAUAACUCACAGAGCAUUCUGUGAUGCAUUGGCUGAAGAAAGUGCAAGACUGUCAGCAAACCAAUUAGCCACCAACACCACAAACCCACUAGUCCAAUCCCUCUUCCUUUUCCCAAACCAGCAACACAACAACUUCAUGAAUCCCUGGGACCCAAACCCUAACCCUAACAACCUUCCCACUCUACACAACACCAUCAAACAUGAAUCUCACAACUUCCACACCCCCAUUAUCGAUAACAACAACAGCAUCUCUUCUCCUUCCUUCCUUCUCCAUCAUCCCCCCAAGACCAUGAUAACCUCGCCCUACCGUGACCUCCACGUUCGCCCCACCAACACUGCCACGUCAGCACACCUCUCCGCCACUGCGCUGCUCCAGAAGGCCGCAACCAUCGGAGCCGCCGCCAUCACGGGCCCCUCUCACGUGACUACGCUCAGCAUGGCCGAGUUGGGAACCGUGUCGACUCAGCUCAACUCGGUGCCACCCGAACGCUACAUCAACAUGAGGGACCUCAAGAAUAACGACGGUCUCACCAGGGACUUUCUAGGCCUCACCAAUGGCGGCGCGGUUGACGUUAGCAUCGACGUCAAGGACAUGCUAACGUUCACGGGAGGGAGCGUAGAUAAUAAGCGUAUAGAGGUUUAUCUCGCAAAUGAUCGUGAGGUUAUGACAUGUCGGCAAGGGUCAGCUGUCACAACCAUGCAAGCUUUAAAACGACUGAAAUACCCUUUCUACGACCCCAUGGAUGAGAGAGAGAUGCUUUAG